UAAUACUUUAUUUAGGGUAUAUUAGCUUUUCAAAAUUGCAGAAAAAAAUAAGCCAGGUUUUCAGACAGUUCUGCUGAGGGUCAUGUUGGAGCCCUUGGGUGGCCCCUUACUGUACUUCCGCCUGACUAGUCGCCUACACCUUUCAAGUCAGUUUCAGACUGUGUAAAUGAACUUAUGCAAAUAGUCCAGUUAAGCCGAAUUCAGCCAACGGACCACGCGGUUUAGGCUAAAAAGGUGUGGAGGCUUGAUAAGGUGCUUAUUUAGUCAUGACCUUGAGGACUUUCUACCAAUAAGAAAUGUAUGCUGAGAAUUAGCGGGAGGGUGGUUUGUGGCAGAAGAAAACUGAUAAGCUACAGUACAACGAGCACACACAUGCACACCAACAAUAGGAGGACCCCGCCAGACAGGCUCUAAUUGAGCUCCCUCCCCUCUCCUCCUCUCCUCUCCUCCGUCUCCCCCAGGGCUGCUGGCUAACUUCUCGUCGACACACCGCUGCACUUCAGUUUAUUUUGGACUGGAUACAUCGAGCAGCGAAGACAUGGCUUUCCUGUACAGAACAUUUCUGUCAUCAACUAUGACACCUAGAAAUUUAAUUUCAUAUACUCGUUCUAUAUUACUUGUUCUUCAGCACAGUAACAAUUUGUUGACAGUUUUUCAAUAGCUGACCUUGGCCUGCUUCCCAUCUACAGAUUCAUUUUUGGCCCCAGGAGUUUUGGAUCUACAGUAAAGGCUGCAGACAUACAGGGUAGCCACGUACAAAAACAUUCACAUAACAGGCCACGUAACUGUCAAUACUUACUCAGGCUCUACAGGCCAUUGUACAUUGUAUACAGCCAGAGUGAAUGCAUAGGACAGAGGCAUAUAUCAGGAAGGAGAAUUAUACUGUACAUUGACAAUGACAUCUUAAAAGAAGAUGUUCACAGCUUUUCAAGUCUGUGUUGUCAAACUGUGAACCUAUUCUUUAAUGCACAGAAAUGAACUUAGUUUUCUCUAGUGAGCCCAGAUGUGGCUCAGAAUAUUUUAAUGUAACAACUAGACUAUUGUGUUCAAGCUGCAAUGUCAUACUUCUAUUGUAUUGUGGUAAUAAAUGCUAGUUGGCAACAGGGGAUCAUUUAACUGCAGUUUUGAUCAGUUUAUAAUGGUGAUGUGCAAUGUGAUACCAAUGAUUCUGUGUCACAGUUUCUCUCAGCACUGUUUAUUUUGGCCUGUCUGCCUUCUCCUGCCAUUCUCUAUCCAGCCUCCAUAUGUCCCCACAGACUUUCCCUCCAUUCCCAGACCCCUGGCCUCCCCUGCCCACUUAUAUACCUGUUCUGAACUUUCUCGUCAUUUCUCUCAAUAUUUAUACCAGCCCCGUUACACCUUGUUGUUGUGCGUGUCUGUCUGUCAUCAGUGUUUGCUAUUCAUGCUGUGGACCUCUCACCUGCCUGUCUGCUUGUGAGCCUGGGCAUCAUCAUUUGUUCUAUUAAAGUUAUUUCACUGCACCUGCCUGUGUGUCUGCGUUUGGGUCCUCCCUGCCUGUGUGCCAUCUGUCAGGAGAUGACAAAUAGUUCAACAAAACCAAAUUUUCAUUGAAUUUCUUUUACCACAUAAUUGUUUUCUGUGGAUUGUACAUAGAAAACUUUGCUUAACUUUGGACUCAUUGGGGAUAGAACAAGAAGUAGUUAUGGUGCAUUUAGACAGAUAUACCUACUAUCUUAACACAUAACCAAAGACAGUGCUCAGUAAUGUUCAAUAAAGAAAACUGUUAGCAAUAUGACAUGAUUGCUAUAGCAAAUGUAGCUGAUAUUAUAAACACUGUUUAUUGGUCUGUCUGAAGAUCUGAAGGCAUGUGCACAUAAAUCAGGGAACUUGGAAAAGUCACCCCCCUUCCUAACUCAGCUUUUACACUUAAAGUGUAAAAGCUGAGUUAAACUUUACAGUUUAAACUGUAACUGCCACAUAAAGGAAGCAUUCCGUACCCCAACUGCCCAACAUUCUAUUUAGACCUAACUGCCCAACAUUCUACAGGACUCCAUAACACACCAAGAGACUCAACAGUUAGUUGGAUCUACACUUGCUCGAUAUUCGACGCUAUCGUGUUUGAAACUUUGUGGAAAUCCUCAUGGACAACAUGUCUACCAGAGGGAGUAUGAUUCUCCAUCAUUCUAAGGGCAUUAAACGCAAGGCCAGUCCUGAAAAGGACAGCCCCAGAAAAAUCAAAAGGGUGGCCAAAGCCUGUAACAACUCUGUGCAAAAUGGCAUUUUGGAAAGAGAAAAGUGCCAAAUCAGAGAAGAUGGAGAGACAUCCUUCUCAGUGGACACUGAAAAAGAGAGCAGCAGCAACACCUCAGACGUCUGCAGUACAUGGCUGAGCAAGACGAGCACUGAGAGGAAGGCUGCACAUGAUGGAGCAGGGUCAUGCAGGAAAAAGAGGAGGACCUCUGACCUGAAUGAGACCCAAAGAAAGACCACAGAGGACACUGUGGAGGAGACAACAGAGGACUUGACAGUAAAUGUCAAUAGAUUUGAAGACAAAUACACAGAGCAGAAUCUGCUUGGUGAAGGAGGUUAUGGCUCUGUGUUUGCUGGCUAUCGCAAAGCAGAUCAUUUACCAGUAGCAAUCAAGCACAUACCAAAAGACGAUGACCUCCGCACAGAACUGGUGAGUACUGUAAAUAUCUGCUGUAUUCUCCACUGCACAUGGAUUAUUGGUGAAGCUUCUCUCCCUCAUGUUCUUGUGAUAUUUCAGGAUGAGAAUGGGAAGGAGCUCCCUGUAGAAGUGAUCAUCAUGCUCAAACUCACUGGUGAAUCAGUGAGGGCACCUGUGUCCUUACUGGACUGGUAUGACCUGGACCAGGAGCUCAUCUUGGUGCUAGAGAGACCAGUCCCCUCUGAAGAUCUCUACAGCUACUUAGAGGUCAACGGAGGGUCCCUAGAGGAAGAGAAGGUCAAGGUCAUAAUGAAACAGCUGGUUGACGCAGCACUAGACCUUCAUAAUAUGGGCAUCUUUCACCGUGACAUCAAGCUUGAAAAUAUCCUGAUUGAAACCGGCUCAGAUGUCCCACAUGUUCGGCUCAUUGACUUUGGAUUGAGCUGCUUCUUUGAGGAAACAUCAUGUUUUAAUGACUUCUUUGGUACCGCUGCUUUUGUCCAACCGGAGUACCUCAGUAAUUUCACCUACAAGGCCGGCCCCACAACAGUGUGGCAGCUGGGAUUGGUUAUGUUUGAAGCACUCCACAAAAAUGCACGGUUCUCGACCAUCGGGUUUCUUAAUCGCACGCUGAAAAUCAGCAAUGAGCUGUCCAAUAAUUGCCGGAAUUUCCUGCUAAGGUGCUUGACUAUUGUCCCGGAUCAGCGUGCCACCCUAGAGCAGCUUCAGCAUCACCCAUGGCUGAAAUGAAAGACUCAUUUAAAGACUUUUGCACUCAUUAAUACUAUUAAAGAUUUUUGCAUUCAUUAAUACUAUUUGGUGGACUAAUUAUUGUAUCAGCCAGAUGGCUAGAAGAGUACUAACUACUGAGAGUUUGAAGGGGAUUAUAAACGUGCCUUCAGAACAACAUUAGUAUCUUAAACUAGUUCUUUUCAUACUUAUAAGUCAGUUAACUAAGAGAAAAGUCAUACAUCAUACACAGCUCUACCAGAUGCCCUUACCAAAAAAGAAGUAUACCUCAAGUACAUGUUAUUAAGUAUACUAAAGUAUUUCCCCAAGUGUACUUUUAUUUACCAAGUACACUGAUUCAAAUGUACUAGCAGUUUACUAACAAGUAUACUUCUUGGGACUAAAUUGGCCCACUUUAAGUUUAUGAAAGUACACUUUGAAGUAUACUUUAGGUAAUCUUCCAGGUAUACUGUUAGUUUACUCUUAAUAAAUUUCAAGUCUACUUUUAGUUUAUGUAAGUACACUUUAAUGUAUACUGAAAGUAAUCAUCUUGGUAUACUAUUAGUUUACCAUCAGUAAACUCUAGUGCCCAUUUUAGUUUAUGAAAAUACACUUUGAAGUAUAUUGAAAGUAACCUUUUAGGUUUCCUAUUAGUAUACUAAUAAUAAACUUCUAGUCCUCUGGUUAGUGUACAAAAAUACAUUUUCAAGUGUACUACAAAUAACCUAGUAAUACCUCUAGCUCCUAAGUGACAAAUAUUGAUUGCGGUAUUUUAUUGAGCUCAACUGAACAGUUCCAAAUUUACACUCACAUAUUGCAAAUCUAAUUGCAAGAUUUGCGAUAUUGUUUUUAAAACCAAGAUUCAGUUCACAGAGCACAUUUUAAACCUGUCUGGAAGCACUAACACUUCAAAAAA